ACAUCAAAAUGGCCGCUAACCAGGCUGACAAGAGCGUCUUCGGCAUGCCCGGCUUCGUUGUCGACUUCUUGAUNGGUGGUGUUUCCGCCGCCGUCUCGAAGACCGCUGCUGCCCCCAUUGAGCGCAUCAAGCUCCUCAUCCAGAACCAGGAUGAGAUGCUUAAGGCUGGCCGUCUCUCCCACAAGUACGCCGGUAUUGGUGACUGCUUCAAGCGCACCACCGCCGACGAGGGUGUUGUCUCUCUCUGGCGUGGUAACACUGCCAACGUCAUCCGUUACUUCCCUACCCAGGCCUUGAACUUCGCUUUCCGCGACACCUACAAGUCCAUGUUCGCCUAUAAGAAGGAGCGUGACGGUUACGCCAANGCUGCUGGUGCCACUUCCCUUGCCUUCGUCUACUCCCUCGACUACGCCCGUACCCGUCUUGCCAACGACGCCAAGUCCUCCAAGGGCUCUGGUGAGCGCCAGUUCAACGGUCUCGUCGAUGUCUACAAGAAGACCCUCGCCACUGACGGUAUUGCCGGUCUCUACCGUGGUUUCAUGCCCUCCGUCGCUGGUAUCAUCGUCUACCGUGGUCUCUACUUCGGUAUGUACGACUCGCUCAAGCCUGUCCUCCUCACUGGUUCCCUCGAGGGCAACUUCCUCGCCUCUUUCCUCCUCGGUUGGUCCGUCACCACUGGUGCUGGUAUCGCUUCGUACCCUCUUGACACUAUCCGCCGUCGUAUGAUGAUGACCUCCGGUGAGGCCGUCAAGUACAACGGUACCCUCGACGCUGCCCGCAAGAUCGUCGCCGCUGAGGGUGUCAAGUCUCUCUUCAAGGGUGCUGGUGCCAACAUCCUCCGUGGUGUUGCCGGUGCCGGUGUCCUGUCCAUCUACGACCAGGUCCAGCUCAUCCUCUUCGGCAAGAAGUUCAAGGGUGGUUCCGGU